AUGGCCCAGCAGCCUUUGCCCACGUCGGCGCAGCCAACCGACAUUUACGGCGGAGAUGAAGUCUCCGCCCUCGUUCUCGAUCCCGGCUACUGCAACACGCGCGCGGGCUACGCCGGCGAAGACGUCCCCAAAUCCAUCCUGCCGUCCUUCUACGGCCACAUCACCAGCGACCCUCCGCGAGACCUGUUUGGCGAUGAGUGCAUCAUCCCGCGCGGCGACUUCGAGGUCCGCAACUACAUGAACAAGGACAGCGUCGUGGAGGACUGGGACGUUGCGGCCAAGCUCUGGGAGUUUAUGCUGGUUAAGCGCCUGCAGCCCGAGCGACAGACGCAUCCGUCCAAGAAUGGACUCAACGACGACAUCAAGGAGCAGGAUGGCGAGGGAGACGUCGCCAUGGAGGAGGUGGAGGGUCUGGAAAAGCCCCUGGAGGAAUUCCCCUUGUUGAUGUCAGAAGCUCCCUGGAACUCGCCCAAGGCGCGUGAAAAGGCCAUUGAGCUGAGCAUGGAGAGCUGGGGAACACCCGCCUUCUGGUUGAGCCGGACGCCCGUUCUGGCCUCUUUCGCGGCCGGCAAGGCCACUGCUCUCGUCAUUGAUGUCGGCGGCGCAAACACCUCCGUCACAGCCAUUCACGACGGCAUGGUUCUCAAGCGAUCUAUCCAGCGAUCACCCGCCGGCGGCCUGUGGCUGUCGUCGCAGAUCCGCAAGAUGUGGGAGACGUCCGAGCCCAAGGUCGACCUGGUGCCGACGUUCAUGGUGGAGAACAAGACGCCUGUGGAUGCCCUCGCCCCUCCACAAGCACGACUACGCGAAUUUCCCUACAAGAUCCACGACUCCUUCCGGGCCUUUGAAGAGGAGCGGGUGCUGACCGAGUUCAAAGAGUCCGUCGUCGAGGUUUGGCGGGGCCCUGGACGAUACGGCGCCGCUGGAAACGAGGAGUACAUCAAGUCACAGCCCGGGCGCGUCUUCGAGAUGCCCGACGGCUACAACCAGAUGUGGCGCGAGCAGCGGUUCAAGGUAGCAGAGGGCAUGUGGGACGAAAACGCUGGUUACCCUCUUCCCGAGGAGGAGCGUCUCACAAAGGCGCAGACCAUUCCUGAGCUGAUCCGUUCUGCGCUCAACGCCGUCGACGUUGAUCUUCGGGGCAACCUUUUGGGCAAUGUCGUCGUCACCGGCAGCACGAGCUUGAUCAACGGCUUCAACGACCGAUUAAACAACGAGCUGACGGCCAUGUAUCCCGGAUUGAAGAUCAAGAUCCACGCCGCGGGCUUGUCAAGCGAGCGCAGAUUCGGCGCCUGGAUCGGCGGCAGCAUCUUGGCCAGCCUGGGUACCUUCCACCAGAUGUGGAUAUCCAAGAAGGAGUACGAGGAAAACGGAGCUGGCAUUGUGGAGAAGCGAUGCAAAUAG